UUGAGGCCGUGUGGUUUCAAUGCCGAGCACUUGUGAGCAUUACCUGUUUGAUUAAAAGUCUCUAAGAAUCUAAUACCAGCAUCAUACACCAACUAUGCCCUGUCCAACCCCCAUAUCCCUCUUGUUCCUCCUCCGGCACCACCGCACGUCCUCCCUCCUCCUCUUGCUCUCUCCCCGCUCCACUUCCACCCUCGCCCACAACCGUCAUCCGUGUCCUCCCUCCUCCUCCUCCGACGUCGAUCUCCUCCGAAAACAGGAAGAGCAGCGGCAAGCUCUCCAGAACCCGUAUGAUCUGAUGAAGGAAGAUCCCAUUCAGGUGUGCUCCGACCUAUGGGUGCGCUGCUUUGGCCGUCCCGCCGACGCCCCGCCGCUUCCUAACCUCACCGGAUUCCUCAAAAAGUUCGACCUCUGGGUCCUCGCCUACCAGCGCGCCUGCGCCCACCACACCGGCUCCUUCCCCCCUCGGGGUGCCAUCCACCUCCCCCACCUCCGCUCCCUCCUCGCUCUCCAGGUCUCCGUCCUCGCCUCCCCCCGCCGCCCCCACCCCUGGGGCGCCUCCACCCACCUCCUCCUCCGCUCCCCCGUCGACCCACCUUCCACCCGCCCGAUCUCCCGCCGCAAGUUUCAGGCCCUCCUCGACGCCGCCCCGCCCCCCUUCCAGGACCGCGUACUCCAGGAGCUCUUGCUCCUUCUCCUCGAGCCUGCGUUUGAGCCCCGCUUCUCCCCCAAGUCCCACGCCUUCCGCCCCGGCCGCAGCCCCCACACUGUCCUCCGCACAUUACGCUCCCACUUCGCCGGCUACCUAUGGUUCCUCAAAGCCGACCUUUCCAGCGUUGCGGACGGCCUCGGAACUGAUGUCAUCCUGCGCUGCGUCGAGAGGGGCGUGUCGGACCGCAAAGUCCUCAGCUUGAUUAAAUCUGCGCUGAGGACGCCCGUCAAGGCAGGGUCUCUGCCACGGGAUCAGGAAGUGGACCGGUUGACCAAGAAGCGGAUGAAGCGGAAGAUGCUGAGGAAGAGAAGGAAGAAGAAGGUUCUGAACGAGAAUGAACCUAAACCGGACCCUUACUGGUUGCGCACGUUCUUCGGUUUCGCUCCACGGGAAGCCACCUGGGUUCCAAAUUACGGCCACUGCGGGAUCCUGAGCCCUCUGCUUGCUAAUAUCUGUCUUAGCGAACUGGACUACUGGAUGGAAGAGAGGAUCGCUAAAUAUUUCCGUGCAUCCAAGCUCGACUCCAUUUGGAAGGAGUCUAUCAACGAUGGUUCUCAUAACCCCGCUUGGCCUGAAUUUGUUCCGUCGAGUGGGAAUGAGAAGACCAGGAAGAUGGACUAUAUUCGUUAUGGGUCUCACAUAUUGAUUGGAAUUCGAGGACCGAGAGAGGAUGCAGUGGAAUUGAGGAAGGCUCUGAUUGAAUUCUGCGAGAUCACUUAUGGGUUGAGGUUAGAGAAUUCAGAGAUAGAGAUUGAGCACAUUACUAGGGGGAUUGAGUUCUUGGAUCAUGUGAUUUGUCGGAGGGUGAUACACCCUACGUUGCGGUAUACGGCCACAGGUGGAAAUAUCAUAAGCCAGAAAGGUGUUGGCACACUGCUCUCCAUCACUGCAAGCAUGCAACAGUGCAUCAGAAAGUUUAGACGACUUGAGCUUGUCAAGGGGGAUAAGGAUCCUGAGCCAUUGCCCUGCACGCCAAUGCUGUAUUCUGGUCAGGCACACACCAACUCUCAGAUGAACAAGUUCCUUGAGACAAUGGCGGAUUGGUACAAAUAUGCAGACAACCGAAAGAAGGUUGUUGGGUUUUGUGGUUAUGUCAUUAGGAGUUCCUUGGCUAAACUGUAUGCUGCAAGGUAUAGACUGAAGUCUCGUGCCAAGGUUUACAAGAUUGCUUCACGUGAUCUAAGCCAUCCACUGAGAGAGAGCUCAAGGAAUGAUGCACCAGAGUUUUCUGAUCUUCUGAGGAUGGGCCUUGUUGAUGCCAUUGAUGGUAUUCAGUUCUCUCAUAUGUCACUGAUACCUUCAUGCGAUUACACACCAUUCCCAAGGAACUGGGUACCUGAUCAUGAGCUGGUAUUGCGUGAAUAUAUUAAGUUGCAAGAUCCAAAGUUCUUUUGUGAAUUGCACAAGUCAAUAAAGCAGCAAGAAUUAAGUUCGCCACAAGAUGAUAUUUCUAAGGUUGUUUGGGAUUACAAGGUUUUUGGAGUUUGGAGCAAAUCACAAAGAACCACGAAAGAACAAGGGAAGUUGGAGGAGGGUGCCAAUGCUUGUAGAGUUUCUUGUGCAGGAUGAGAUUGUACCAAGCAGUAAAGUGUUGUAUCAUUUCUAGAUCUCCUUUCAGAUGGAACAUCUGUGAUCAUUCACUUCUUGAAGAUGUAAAAAUCUGAGAGUGGUUAGGUUAACAAUGAUAGCAGCGAACUGGACAGCACCUUAGAGAUGUCAAGGUCAAGAAAAAGUAAUAUCUUAUGUUAGUCACACUAUUUUACCAUGGCAGUAAUGCAAUCUGGACGGGCGACAUCAGCUCUUGACAUCGAAUGUAGUUAGUCAUGCUCGUGAUUUAAACCAGCAGAAAAUAGAAAAAUAAUCUUGGUCAUUCAGUCAUGAUCGUGCUAAAUGCUUGUGUAGAGGUUGUUGCUUUGAGCUUCAGGUUCCACCAGGGUCUUGAUGCAGAUAUUGCCCCUGCAGCAGUUUCAGCUCAAAGCUACAGUGUCAUCACCAAUCACUUGUGUUUCAGUAUCAUGGCUCAAGAAUAUGGCAUGAGUUUCAACACAGAAAACAUUUUAUACUGAAUAUCCACUCAGGUGGUUCUUUUCGAGGAAAAUUUACUGAGGUGAUUGUGGGGAUUGCAAGGGUGUAAGAAACUUUGAAGCAACAUUAAAUGUAAAUAAUGUUAUCUUUAUCCAACCUAGGUAGUUCUGCAUUAGGGGAUAGAAGGUAACAGUACUUGGUUGAAAAUUUUAGCCACUCUGGAAGCCAAGUUGAUUCUAAUUUGUUUAUGGAUUACUCAGGCAGAGAUUAGCAAGAGGUUAAUUCCUGGUACUUGUGAUGUUUGUCGUUCUACUCAUUUUAGUCACAUUAUUAGCUGAAGUUAUUUCUUUCUUGUUUGAAGUUCCAA